AUGUCGUACAUCGAACAGAUGGUGAUUUCGAUAGCUGAUUUUUCUUCAUCUCAGCCUCGAUUCGAAGGCGCCGAAGUUCAAAUUCAACAAAUUGUUUUUGUUGUCACUGUUUUCGGUUACGGAUUGUAUCAAACUACUAAUAAUCAGUUAUUAGAACAAUGUGAUAAGAAUGAUAUUGACGCAUCAGAUGUAUUUCCGGCAAACGAUAAAUUCGUAGAAGCUGACCUUUAUAAAGGUGGAAUAUUCUUGGGAUGUACAUUCGGAGCUGCAUCUUUGUACAUCUGGGCGAUCGGUAUUCUCGCAGCUGGACAAAGCUCUACCAUGACUGGAACCUACGCCGGGCAGUUCGCGAUGGAAGGUUUUCUGAAUCUAAAAUGGGCCAGGUGGAAGCGAGUUCUUUUCACAAGGACCAUCGCGAUCAUUCCGACAUUUUGCACUGCAUUCUUCAGUGACAUCGAGGAUCUAACAGGAAUGAAUGACGUGCUUAAUGCUGUCAUGAGCUUACAACUGCCCUUUGCAGUUAUUCCAACAAUAGCAUUCACGAGCAAUAAAAAUAUUAUGGGUGAAUUUGUUAAUGGAAUCGUGAUUAAAAUUGUUACAUUGCUAUUGGCAAUUGUGAUCAUUGGAAUUAACAUAUAUUUCGUAUCGUCAACUAUUACGGAAUUAGAAUUAUCAGCAGGACCUCUUGUUGGAGUUGCUAUUGGUGGUACUUUGUAUCUUUUAUUAUGUUUGUACCUGACUAUUCAUCUGAUAGCGUCGAUUUCGGAAACGGUCGCGCAGAAGCCAUUAAUCAAAAAGUAUUUCUUCAUCGAGCAUGAUCGACAACUAAGUUUAGAUCUUUAACUAAUUUAAUUACACUAAUAUUAAUUAAUUCUAAGUUUUAACUAGUUCUAACACUUUUACAUAUAACCUCUAAAUAUAUUUUUUUCAAAUAA